AUGCGCUCAUUCGUACCUCUAAAAGUUUCACGUGAUCAUGUCUCGACAAUUACCAUAAAUGAUGCAACAAGUUCUGGUUGGGUUUUACCUCUUUGUCUCUUCCGACUUCCGUCUAUCCUUUCCGAAGUAUUUGAUUGGCUGGAAUCCAAAAUUUACCAAUCGUCUCUCUUCCUCUUUCUCUCUUCCUCUUUCUCUCUUCCUCUUUCUCUCUUCCUCUUUUAUUUCUUCUCUCAUCCUCUAUUUCUCUCAUUCUCUACUUUUCUCUCUUUCUCUUCUUUUCCACUACUUUCCUUUUUUCUUCUGUUUAUAAUAUUAUUUUCUAUUUCUCAUUCUCUUUCUCUCUCUUUCUAUUCUAUUCUUUUCUCUUUCUCUCUUUUCUAUUCUUUUCUCUUUCUCCCUUUUAUAUUAUUUCAUUCUCUUUCUUUCUUUUCUAUUUUCUCAUUCUCUCUAUUCUAUUUUCCCAUUUUCUUUCUUUCUAGACUAUUUUCUCAUUUUCUUUUCUGUUUUUUCCCCUUUUUCUUUCUUUCUAGACUAUUUUCUUAUUCUCUUUCACUCUUGUCUAUUUUCUCAUUCUAUUUCUCUCUUUUCUAUUUUCUCAUUCCCUUUCUUUUGUAUUUUCUCAUUCUCUUUCUCUCUUUACUAUUUUCUCAUUCUCUUUUUUCUUUUCUAUUUUCUCAUGCUCUUUCUUUCUUUUCUAUGUCCUCAUUCUCUUUCUCUGUUUUCUAUUUUCUCAUUCUAUUUCUCUCUUUUCCAUUUUCUCCUUCUCUUUCACCCUUUUCCAUUUUCUCAUACUCUUUCUAUCUUUUCUAUUCUAUUCUUUUUCUCUCUUUUCACUGCCUUCUUUCUCUCCUAAUUUAUUCCGUUCUAUCUCUCUUUUCUCCUUUUCUUUCUCUAUCUUUCUUUCUCUUGUUACUCUCAUUCUCUCAUUGCGCUUUUUCUUCUCUUUUCGCACUCAUAAUUUUUCUCUUUUUUUCUGUUCACCUCACUCCCCUCUUUUCUUCUAUAAUUUUUUUUUAUUUUUCAUUUUUUACUUCUUCCUUUUUCUUCACAAGUUUCUUUCUAUUUCUUUCUAUGUUCUUUUAUUUCGAUGCUUUAUUUCUUUUUUCUUUCUUCACCUCCUUUUUUUACUGCGAUUCUUUCUUUCUUUCUUUCUUUCUUUCUUUCUUUCUUUCUUUCUUUCUUUCUUUACUCCUUUUUUCUCUACAUUUCUGCAUCUCUCGUUCAUAUUUUUCUUUCCCUUGCUUUCUCUUUUUAUUACCAUUUUUUCUUUCUCACAUCUUUUAUCUCUCAUUCUCUUUUUCUUUUUCAAAUUUACCUCUCCUUUUCUCACCCCGUUUCUAUCUUCACGUUGUCCUUUCCUUUUCUCUGCCUGUUUUUACUAUCCCCAUGUUUCUCUACUUUUUUUUUACGUUUCUUUUUCACUCUCUCUCUCUCUCUCUUUCUCCCUGUUUCUCCUUUUCUUUUUCACCCCAUUCACUCCUUUUCCUCUUUACGUUUUUUUCUCUCUUUUUAUGA